AGGUGCUGUGGUGAGUCUGUCUGCGGUAACACAUGGAUUAGCGCUGAGCCGGGCGGCGUGCACUCCGGCAGCAUGACACAACCCAACGGGGCUAUAAGCAACGGCACUACGGAGCUGGGCAGGAGCCGCGACAAGGGCAAGAAGGAGGUCAAGAUAGUGAUAGUCGGGGAUGGAGGCUGCGGGAAGACCUCGCUGUUGAUGGUAUAUGCUAAAGGAAACUUCCCAGAGCGAUAUGCACCCUCCGUGUUUGAAAAGAUUACUACCUCCGUCACUAUUGGAAACAAAGAGAUCUUUUUGCAUCUGUAUGAUACAGCAGGACAGGAAGAUUAUGACCGUUUGCGUCCACUUUCAUAUCAAGAUGUGAAUUUGGUUUUAAUUUGUUACGAUGUUACAAACCCAACAAGUUUUGACAAUGUUUUAAUAAAGUGGUAUCCAGAGGUGCACCACUUCUGCCGAGGCGUCCCUGUGGUGCUUAUUGGCUGCAAAACAGACCUAAGGAAGGACAAGGAACGCCUGCGUAAGCUAAAGACCUCUCAACAGGAACCGAUUACAUACAGUCAGGGAGAAACUACCUGUAAAAGUAUACACGCUGUAGAGUACCUGGAAUGUUCAGCCAAGUUUCAGGAGAAUGUAGAUAAUGUUUUUAAAGAAGCCACUUUAAUUGCACUUAAUGGAAUGAAAAAGGAGGAAAAGUUGAAGAGGCGGCACAAGCAGUGUUUGAUUCUUUGAAGAAGGCAGUGCUUUUACUGAGUGAACUUCUAAAGUGAAUCCCAUGCUGCCAACAGCUUGGUACCACUCACUGUUUCAUAUCCAACUACUUGGACUAUUUUUACUGUAAAUAUUUCUAAUCAAAUGUUUUUAUCAUCCUGUAUAGUAUUUUAUCAUAAUGUCUUGGAACAGAAAUUAAACUGGCAAUUUGGCUUCUCUACCAUUAACAAA